AGUCACCUUCAGUCUCACAUUCCUUUUCCUCAAAAUCUAUACAUACGAUUAUGACAAAAUCGAUACCUAAAUACUUUCUAGUCUAUAGUGAUCUGUGACGUAUAUAUACAUAUUAUAUAUUUUUUUUAUAAUGUAGUAUCAUAUUAGGACUGUUAAUGUUAAAUAAACCGUGCGAAUCACAUAUCAAAAAACAAAAAGUCGAAAAUUGUCACCGAGUCUAAAAAAGUUAAAGGAGUCCUAUUGUUGAUGCACUACGUGAAGUGAACUGUCAAGUGUUGCAUGAGUUCUGUGUGGUAGACGAAGAGUUUCUCUACUGGUGGUAAAUUUAUUAAUAUUAACUGCCCCUCAAAGUGCCCUUCGAGUCGUUUAUGUGGUGUAGUAGAGCUGACUACAGUGAGCGCUAAAAGCAGAGCAGUACCUAUCAGUUGAGGACUAUUGUAUUCGUGACGACACAUCAAUAAUGCGGUGCUGCGUGCCUUUUUGCGAAAAUACUUCCGACAAUAUGUCAACAUCUGAGAGAACGGGAAUUACCUUUCAUGCAUUACCCAGUGAAGACAAUCUCCGUACUGCUUGGCUCAGAGCCCUCGGCACACAAGACCAUCACCUGCCCGACCCUGCUGUGGUCUGCUCCCAGCACUUCCUAGAUGAUGACUUUUAUACAACAGAGAGUUGUGUGCGGCAGAUUCACUCUAAUGCAGUUCCUUCAAUAGUGCAGAUGUGCAUGAUAUGCCUGGACUCUGACAGCAAGCUGUCUCUAAUGAGUAAACACAAGUUGGAGGAGGCAUAUGAACAGCUGACUGGACUGUCUUUGUUUCAGUUGUGUCGUCGAGGAAACCUGAAGCAAACGCUCUGUGUGAUGUGCGCUCAGAGAUUGAUCAACUUCAGCAGAUUUAGAGACUUGAGCUUGAGAGCCCAUUCACUGCUGACGGACUCAGUUGAACUACAUGCAUCAAAUACUAUACAACACAAAGAAUUGAUGAACUGCACAAGUGCACAUCUGAAGUGCAAUUUGACACAAACAACAUUAGGAGCUAACCAUUGUGACUUGUACAUAGAUCACACUGAUGGAGAGGAAUCUGUAGUGGGAGAUGUUGCAACAGUUGUGGUGAAGAAUGAAAACAGUUCUGACUCCAUGUCGAGUGCUGAUAACUUGGAAUUGGCACAAGAAGAUGACAAUCACAUAGACAAUUCCAACAAUGAGUGUGCAUCUGAUGAUGAAUACUCUGACAUGAGCAUAGAGUUGGAGUCUAGGCUACUGGAUGAAGCUAUAAGUCAAGCUCUUCGUAGGAAAGCAGACCAUGUGGCCGCAACACAGAGUUCCAUAAAGAGUGAAAGUGAUAUCUUCCAAUGUGAAUUUUGUUUUGAGGACUUUGUGCAAGAACUUGCAUACAAGGAACAUAUGAGCAAGCAUCUCCAGAGUGCUGCCAGCGGUGCUGCUCGUGCAGCUGUGAGCCGCAGCUGUGACUCACUCGUGCUGCAGAACAAGUCAGUAUACAACGACACUGCAUGUGCUGCAUCACAAGUGUGCGAGCCUCGUGCAGCUGUGAGCCGCAGCUGUGACUCACUCGUGCUGCAGAACAAGUCAGUAUACAACGACACUGCAUGUGCUGCAUCACAAGUGUGCGAGCCUCGUGCAGCUGUGAGCCGCAGCUGUGACUCACUCGUGCUGCAGAACAAGUCAGUAUACAACGACACUGCAUGUGCUGCAUUACAAGUGUGCGAGCCUCGUGCAGCUGUGAGCCGCAGCUGUGACUCACUCGUGCUGCAGAACAAGUCAGUAUACAACGACACUGCAUGUGCUGCAUCACAAGUGUGCGAGCCUCGUGCAGCUGUGAGCCGCAGCUGUGACUCACUCGUGCUGCAGAACAAGUCAGUAUACAACGACACUGCAUGUGCUGCAUCACAAGUGUGCGAGCCUCGUGCAGCUGUGAGCCGCAGCUGUGACUCACUCGUGCUGCAGAACAAGUCAGUAUACAACGACACUGCAUGUGCUGCAUCACAAGUGUGCGAGCCUCGUGCAGCUGUGAGCCGCAGCUGUGACUCACUCGUGCUGCAGAACAAGUCAGUAUACAACGACACUGCAUGUGCUGCAUCACAAGUGUGCGAGCCUCGUGCAGCUGUGAGCCGCAGCUGUGACUCACUCGUGCUGCAGAACAAAACAGGAAGUCUGAGGCUGAAUGAUGACCCUCCCCCGUCUGCAGACUGCGCUCAGGCUUUAGUGGCUCCACUGUCCGCGAGACUUGCGGCAAACAACGAUAACAAAGUGCAGGCAACUGAAGAAGCAGGUGCGAUCCAGAAAAGCGAACAAAUCCUUGAAACUAACAUUGACGAACUGGACAAGCGAUCAUCUCAGAGCGGCACCAAACCGUACACAGAUAUAAAUAGAUUCACAAAUUGUGUAGUCCAGUUAUACGACAUAUUCAAGAAACCCAAACAAGCUGUACUAGAUGAGAAACCACGCGUGAGAAUCCACACUGCUGCCAAGCCUUACUCUUGUCAGAUAUUGAACUAUAAAUGUGCACCAACAAGUCGAAUAUUGAAACACAAGAUGACCCACACUGGGGAAAAGGCAUUUUCUUGUGAGAUAUGCAAUUACAAAUGUGCGCAUAAAAGUAUUUUGUUACGGCAUACUAAAACCCACACUGGGGAAAAGCCAUUUUCUUGUGAGAUAUGCAACUACAAAUGUGCGCAUAAAAGUAAGUUAUUACAGCAUAUUAAAACCCACACUGGGGAAAAGCCAUUUUCUUGUGAGAUAUGCAACUACAAAUGUGCGCAUAAAAGUAAGUUAUUACAGCAUAUUAAAACCCACACUGGGGAAAAGCCAUUUUCUUGUGAGAUAUGCAAUUACAAAUGUGCCCAAAAAUCGUAUUUAUUUUACCAUAUUAAAACCCACACUGGGGAAAAACCAUUUUCUUGUGAGAUAUGCAAUUAUAAAUGUGCACAAAAAAGUAAUUUAUCACAGCAUAUUAAAACCCACACUGGGGAAAAGGCAUUUUCUUGUGAGAUAUGCAAUUACAAAUGUGCGCAUAAAAGUAUUUUGUUACGGCAUACUAAAACCCACACUGGGGAAAAGCCAUUUUCUUGUGAGAUAUGCAAUUACAAAUGUGCCCAAAAAUCGUAUUUAUUUUACCAUAUUAAAACCCACACUGGGGAAAAGCCAUUUUCUUGUGAGAUAUGCAAUUAUAAAUGUGCACAAAAAAGUCAUUUAUCACAGCAUAUUAAAACCCACACUGGGGAAAAGCCAUUUUCUUGUGAUAUAUGUAAUUACAAAUGUGCUCGAAAAAGUGAUUUAUUACGACAUAUUAAAACCCACACUGGGGAAAAGCCAUUUUCUUGUGAGAUAUGCAAUUACAAAUGUGCGCAUAAAAGUAUUUUGUUACGGCAUAUUAAAAUCCACACUGGGGAAUGGCCAUUUUCUUGUGAGAUAUGCAAUUAUAAAUGUGCACGAAAAAGUCAUUUAUCACAGCAUAUUAAAACCCACACUGGGGAAAAGCCAUUUUCUUGUGAGAUAUGCAAUUAUAAAUGUGCACAAAAAAGUCAUUUAUCACAGCAUAUUAAAACCCACACUGGGGAAAAGCCAUUUUCUUGUGAGAUAUGCAAUUACAAAUGUGCACGAAAAAAUAACUUAUUUCAGCAUAUUAAAACCCACACUGGGGAAAAGCCAUUUUCUUGUGAGAUAUGCAACUACCAGUGUGUGCAAAAAAGUCAUUUAUUACGGCAUAUUAAAAUCCACACUGGGGAAAAGUCAUUUUCCUGUGAAGUAUGCAAUUACAAAUGUGCACAAAAAAGUAAGUUAUUAGUGCAUAUUUGUAUUGGCGGGGUUUCGACGGAACACCACAAAACGGUCAGGGGCCCAUAGCUAACCUAAGGGUCCCGUCGAAACAAAGAUCUACAGCGGCUUGCGUUACACAGCGCAAAGAAUAUUUGCUAUAGGUUAAUUUUACACAAUGCGUACGACUUACCCGAUCUAAGCGCCAGUUGCCCGGCGACUUGCCUUCCCAGGAGGCAAGCUAGGAGGCGUAUUUAUCUAUACUUCUAUACUAAUAUUAUAAAGAGGUAAAGUUUGUAAGUUUGUAAGUUUGUCACAUUUUUUAAAUGGGGUAAUCUUCGGAACUACUGGUCCGAUUUUAAAAAUUCUUUCACCAGUAGAAUGCUACAUUAUCGGGGAGUGCUAUAGGCUAUAUUUUAUAUUGGUAUCAUAUAUAUUAGCCGAGUUAUCACAGUUUUUGUCAUAGAGGUCGGACCGAAAAUCCUCUUAGGCAGACUUAUUCGCAUGCGCUGCCUUAACCAUUGUGUAAAAUUGAAAUUAAUGUAUGGAGGCUUUAUGUAUCUUUAAAAGUUCUACAAAAAAGUCCGCGACACCAUAUACCUAUCUUCUAUACAUUAGCAGAUAUAGUACCUUUUGUGUUUUAAAAAUUAUUAAUUUUAUAUACUUAGGUUUGCGUCAUUAUUUAUGCUACUUAACUUAAAUCCUUAUCAAAAUAAAUUAUUUAAUAAUCACAAGGAUGUUAUGGAGAUAAGAUUUGCCCUUUAUAGUAUGUUAAUUAGUUAAAUAGUUUCGGAGAUAAUACAAAAUUUCUAAAAGGCGGAAUGCCGCUUAUGUUUAAGCGCCAACCGCCAAAUUAAGUUGAACCUUCCUCUAUAGGUUUCUACGUAUUUUAUAGGGAUCAGCAUUUUUGGUUAUUAAACUCUAUGUAGGCGUUUUAUCCAUUUACCAAUAGAUGGCGUUGAGCAAAAACACCAUAUUUUUGUACGGCGCUAGGGAGAUUUAUGCCGACUACAUGAUGAUCGAAAUUGAUUGUUCAUACAUUGGUGGUGGUGGUGAAAAAUUUACUUAGAUUGUGGCAAGUCGAUGUUAAUUGUUAAUGAUUAUGAUCUACUUCUAGGCACGUAGCCACGUACCACGUACUACGUAGGUAGUUAAAGUUAGCUAGGUACUGUUUGUCUGACUCUGUCUAUUUACGUAUUUGCUUUUUAGAUUUAGAAAUAGAGAUUAGAGACAUACUUUAAGUUUUAAUUUAUAGUUUAGAUACGUCGUACUUUCUUUGUUUGGUUCAGGACCAGGUUCAGGUAAUCAGGUUUAAAUUCAAAUAAAUAAUUUGUAAUUUUAUUUUAUUCGUUUCGUUUCGACUUUCGACUUUCGUCAUACGUAUUUCGUGUAAUUAGUUAUUAUUUCGUUUUAUGGUAUUAUUUCGAUUGUUGUGUAUAUAAAUUAAUUAAAACUUAGUAAGUGUAAUUAUAGUGUUUUGUGUUAACUUAAUUUUGUAAAAGAUAUACAUACGUAGUCUAUACUAAUAUUAUAAAGAGGUAAAGUUUGUAAGUUUGUCACAUUUUUUAAAUGGGGUAAUCUUCGGAACUACUGGUCCAAUUUUAAAAAUUCUUUCACCAGUAGAAUGCUACAUUAUCGGGGAGUGCUAUAGGUUAUAUUUUAUAUUGGUAUGAUAUAUAUUAGCCGAGUUAUCACAGUUUUUGUCAUACAGGUCGGACUGAAAAUCCUCUUAUACAGACUUAUUCGCAUGCGCUGCCUUAACUAUUGUGUAAAAUUGAAAUUAAUAUAUGGAGACUUUAUGUAUUUUUAAAAGUUCUACAAAAAAGUCCGCGACACCAUAUAUCUAUCUUCUAUAUAUUAGCUGAUAUAUAGAAGAAAAAAGGCCUUUUGUGUUUUAAAAAUUAUUAAUUUUAUAUACUUAGGUUUACGUCAUUAUUUAUACAACUAAACUUUAAUCCUUAUUAAAAUAAAUUAUUUAAUAAUCACAAGGGUAUUAUGGAGAUAAGAUUUGCCCUUUACAGUAUGUUAAUUACUUAAAUAGUUUCGGAGAUAAUACAAAAUUUCUAAAAGACGCAGAAAUUCCACUAUAUGACGCCCGGCGCUUUCAUUUACGUAGUUCCCGUUCCCGUGUGAAUAUGGGGAUCAAACAUAGCCUUGGACACUCGCAAAUAACGUAGCUUUCUAUUGGUAAAACAAUUUUCCAAAUCGGUCCAGUAGAUCCAGAGAUUACCUCCUACAACCACACGAACUUUACCUCUUUAUAUUAUUAGCAUAGAAGUCUCUAUUUCUCUUGGUCAUACCACCACUCUCGAAGGACU